GAACGAACUUCCAUCAUAGGCGAUGGUUUGGGAGGGGGCCAACGGCCCCGCAAGUUGGUAUGACGAGAUGCGGCGCGAGCCACGGCUGUCCGCACGCCGCCUCGUCCUCGAGGUGUCAAGGCCUGCCGGGUUGCCUCUGGUCAAGACGAUUGGCUCAGGGAUGACAUGGCCCGUGCGUGCCCGGCCAGGAAUCGACAAGUGCAGGCAUGGCAAGGCCCCGUGGGGGACCGACUCAGAGCGGUCCUAGCCUUGGUAGCCCGAGGGAGGAGGCCCUACCAGAGGCCAACGGCGCCGCUGAGCCCCUUGCGCAGUGAAUGCGCAGCUGCUCGACAUAUCGUCAAGCGCGACGCGGCCCGCUGCAUUGUCGCCAAACUGUCAAAAUGCCACCACUCCCCUCACCUCGACACCUGGCUCGAGUCCUCUGUUUGCCUCGUACUGUCCUCAAAAAUUUCCUUGUUUUUUUUUAGCGUCCACCGCGACGCCUGUGGCUCUCUGUUCGUUACCGUCGACUUGACCGGCCUCGAGGUACAUAUAUGCGGCUUACACACCUGUUUGGUACUUACACCGAGUCCAGCCCUACCAGAGCCGUGGCAGCCUGGAGCUAGGCUGACGUCGAAUCCUCCCGCCCUCGACUUAUAUGGCCGUGGCCUGCUGUUGCAACCGUACCCGAACGCCCCCCCGUCAGCCCGCACUCUGUCGCUGGUAGCCCGUCACACACUGACUACGCCGCUGCUUUCUCCCCUCCCUCCCCCUCGGAAGGAAGGCGCUGGCUGCCUGCACAAGCCGCCCAGUUAACGCGAGGUUCACGAACCCCUCUCAUGACACGUCAAGUCAUAGCAUCGGUGCUCCUUACUCCAAUCCUCGACUCCUCUGACCAAGACUCUUCUUUGUGGGUUCUUGUUCACAACGCUCACUAUUUCUCACGGACCUACCUGGUU